UUGAGGACGGUUAGUAACCGAAAGCCGCUGCAAGGAGAGAGAGGGUUUGCCUUUCUGAACGCGUUCUCCGUCCGGACGCAAUGGAUUGAGUGCUUUUUCUCAAGUUUCUAAAAUCUACUAAAAGCCGACCGAAGCUGACCUCAUGGAUUGGAAGUUCCUCCAGGAUCUCCUUAGCGGAGUCAACAAGUACUCCACCGCCUUCGGCCGCAUCUGGCUGUCGGUGGUCUUCGUCUUCCGGGUGCUGGUCUACGUGGUGGCCGCCGAGCGGGUCUGGAGCGACGACCAGGGCCAGUUCGACUGCAACACCCGGCAGCCGGGUUGCACCAACAUCUGCUACGACUACUUCUUCCCCAUCUCCCACAUCCGCCUCUGGGCCCUGCAGCUCAUCUUCGUCACCUGCCCGUCCUUCAUGGUGGUGCUGCACGUGGCCUACCGGGAGGAGCGCGAGCGCAAGUACCGGGCCAAGCACGGCGACGACACGCGGCUGUACGACAACCCGGGCCAGAAGCGCGGCGGCCUGUGGUGGACUUAUCUGCUGAGCCUCUUGAUCAAGACCACCUUCGAGAUCACCUUCCUCUACUUGCUGCACUACAUCUACGACAGCUUCCGGCUGCCCAGGAAGGUGCAGUGCGAUGUCAAGCCCUGUCCCAAUAUGGUGGACUGCUACAUAUCCCGGCCCACCGAGAAGACGGUGUUCACCUACUUCAUGGUGGGCGCGUCCGUCCUGUGCGUGGUGCUCAACAUCUGCGAGUUCUUCUAUCUGGUCGCCGUACGGGUGGCGAAACUCAAACACAGAGGCAGCACCAAGACCUCGUCGAGGUGGGUCCACCCGAACGCGAACCACGACGGCGGCAAGUCCUCUCUGGCGUCAUGAUAGGCAAUCAAUAUUUGUUCUUAAGCCUCGAAUUGAUUUACAAUAUUGGGGUUAUUUUCCCAUUGAAGGGAUUGCCAUUAAAAAAAGUAAUUUUAUGUAUAAUUUCUCUCUAAAUAUGUUGCUUUUUUCCGUUAAAAAAACAAUCCUAUGCUCUGUAGUAAUAUUUAAUUUUAUUUUUAUUUUUCACGCAAGUGUAAUAAGAAUUUCAGCCUGCAAAAGAAAGCAGAAUGAUUUGAAGUAAUUGGUCUAAAGAUUGCUUUUAUUUGUGUCCAUGACAAUAACCCAAAAAAACGGACAUUGUUUGUUUCUUGUCUUCCCUUAAAAAAUAAAAAAGGAUUGUAAAAGUACUGAAAAUAUGUUCAACUAUCCAUAAUAAUAACCGCAGCAUGGAUAAGAUAUGCCUUCUCCUCCCUUUAAUGGCGCUAUUUCUCCACCUGGUGGCACUGCAGGCUCACUACACGUCAUGUGGAGGGUGUGUGAGUCUGUUGUGUGUGUGUGUGUGUGUGUGUGUGUGUGUGCUGCUAAGAUCAUUCUGCAUGCAAGUAUAGUUCCUACAAUAUAUAUUUUCGAUGAUUCUCUUUUAUCUGGUCAUCAGAUUUUUUUUCAGGCUUUGAUUGACACUGAAACAUAAAACAGGUAAAUGUCAAUAACAUGAAAAAGAACAAAAUAAAAUAAAUAUGAAUAUGA